CAGGUUCUCUGGCCUAUAGAUGAUGAUUGGUACAAGGGUUCCAUCACGGAGUACAAUUCAGACACCAAGCAUCAUAGAAAAUGAAGGAUUUAUGUUGGAAAUGUGGUGUCCCCAACUUAGAGAAGAAAGGCCUCAAUUACAAUGAAUUGCUGGCUUUAGCACUUAACUUUCAUGAUUGUCAAGGUCUUGAACCAGGUGAACUUGUAUGGGCAAAACUUACAGGUAUGUGUAAAUUUAUGGUGUAGUUAUCUUAUAUGUUUCUUGCUGAUGACAAAUUAGGUAUUUUUAUAUGCAGUAAAUUGAUUGAACUUUGAAAAUAUUUUCUUUAUGAUUAUCUUCAUAAUUAUUUAAAAUGUUAGUAUUGUAGAUGUUGGGAUUAAAUUUGAUGAAAGUUCUCGACACUAUUUCAUAAGGAUGUUAAAUACGUAAUGUUAAAUAUGAAAAAUCGUUGAAAUCAAUAGUAUUUUCUAUAAUUAUUUUCUUUGUAGUCAUUAUACCUCACCAGUUGCUCGCUAGCUGGCGGAGGCCAUCAUCUUCUCCGACGUGCAGCAGGCUGUGGCUGACGUCGCCCGCAUGGCAGCCUCCCUCCUCCGCCUCCACUUCCACGACUGCUUAGUCAAUGGUUGCGACGCGUUGGUGCUUUGGACGACACGGCGGAGAUGGUGGGGUAGAAGACGGUGAGGCCGAACGAGAACUCGGUGAGGGGCUUCGACGUGUACGUGGCGGAGGGGAUCAAGGAGGAGAGAUGGCCUGCCCGGAGACGGUUUCCUGCGCCGAUCUCCUCGCCAUCGCUGCCCGAGACUCUGUUCUUUUGUCGGGAGGACCGACAUGGCCGGUGCAGGUCGGCCGGAGGGACCGCACCGUUGCUAGCUGGUCCUUGGCCACCACCAGCCUCCCAUCUCCGACGUUUGGCGUCGCCACCCUGCUCCAAAAGUUUGAAAACGUCGGCCUCUCUGCCACGGACAUGGUCGCGCUCUCCGGCGCCCACAUGCACCAUCGGCAAGGCCCCCUGCUCCACGUUCGCCUCCCGCCUCGCCGGCGCAGGAGAUCGCAUCUUCCUUCAGUCCCUGCAGCAUCUCUGUUCUGGAUCGACGUUGUCGAAUGGGACGACGACGAUAGCCUCGUCGUUGGUCCACCUCGAUGUGGGCUCGCCAGCGAGGGGCUGCUUCUGUCAAACCAGGCCCUGGUAGGGGAAGCAGGCGAGGUGGGCGUGCUCGCAAAUUAAGGCCUACGCCGCAGACGAGGCGCUAGCUGUUCUUCAAGGACUUCGCGACCUCGAUGGGGGGAGGCUGGCGCCGCCAGCGGGCAGACCCGGCGAGAGGUUCGCAAAAGUUGCCAGGCAGUCAACUCUUAAUUAGCUUAAGCACUAUAUAUAUAGCAUUAAUUAUCAUAACUUAAUCAUGAUGAUUAAUUAACUAAUCACUAUAAUUAUAUUAUGCUAGCGUCUUAAGGGCA